AUGGACCGCCCGGCGAAGAGGACAAAAAUAUCGCCUCCUGGACAUGAUCUUCCCAUAGUUGGUACAGAAAGCCUACCAGCAGGAGACAAUGGCUUGGCGUCACUACACCGAUCUAUCACGCCGCCUCCACAACGACGCCAGACCAGCACUGCAGCAGUAUCUGAUGAAAUGAAACCUAUUGAAACUCCAAAGCAAAAUCAUAUGCCUACGAUUAUUUAUUCAUCCCCAAUCCAACUCACUCAUAUCCGGGACUUACCUGCGUCGUCGGGGAACAAUGUCGACACUAUUCGACUGCGAGAUAUCCUCGGGGAUCCGAUGAUACGCGAAUGCUGGCAGUUUAAUUUUUUGAUCGAUGUGGAUUUUCUGAUGAGCCAGUUUGAUGAGGAUGUCAGGGACUUGGUGAAAGUGAAGGUUGUGCAUGGGUCAUGGAAGAGGGAUGCACCUAAUCGAAUACGGAUUGAUGAGCAAUGCUCACGAUACCCAAACGUGGAAUCGAUUGUUGCGUAUAUGCCUGAGCCAUUUGGUACGCAUCAUUCCAAGAUGAUGAUUCUACUUCGACAUGAUGACCUUGCUCAGGUCAUAAUCCAUACAGCCAACAUGAUUCCCGGAGACUGGGCAAACAUGACCCAAGCUGUCUGGCGCUCUCCUCUCCUGCCACUGCUACCAAGCGCAUCGACUUCCGAAGGUACAGGGGGAUAUGGCAGCGGAACGAGAUUUAAGCGAGAUCUACUCAGUUAUCUGAAUGCAUACGGACGUCCAAAGACAGGACAGUUGGUCAAGCAGUUGGAACGUUUCGAUUUCCGGGCUGUGCGGGCAGCGUUGAUAGCCAGUGUGCCAUCUAAACGGAAAGUCGAGAGUAUGGACGCGAAAAGGGAGACGCAAUGGGGAUGGCCGGCUUUGAAAGACAUUAUACGACAUAUUCCGUUGGCGCCGCAUGCUGGGACGGCACAUAUUGUGCUUCAGAUCUCUUCAAUAGCCUCCUUAGGCCAAACAGACAAGUGGUUGAAGGACAUAUUUUUCGAUUCUCUCGCGCAACAUUCAUCUCCUCCAACACCACGCCCACGAUUUUCUAUUAUCUUUCCAACGCCAGACGAGAUUCGUCGGUCUCUCAACGGCUACGGUUCCGGUGGAUCCAUUCACAUGAAAACGCAAAGCGCACCCCAACAGAAACAGCUACAAUACAUGCAUCCUUACUUGCGGCAAUGGGCAGGAGAUAGCGACUUUGGUCUCGAGGCAUCAUCCACAGAAGCAGCAUCUAUUCCUCGACGGGAAGCGGGACGUCGUCGUGCGGCGCCUCAUAUUAAGACGUAUAUCCGGUUCUCUGAUGCGGCCAUGGGAUCUAUAGAUUGGGCGAUAGUGACCUCUGCGAAUCUCUCGACGCAAGCAUGGGGUGCAGCGGUUAAUGUACAGGGGGAGGUUAGGGUCUGUAGCUGGGAGAUCGGGGUGGUUGUGUGGCCUGGUUUGUACGUCGAUGGUUCCCCGGAGACUAAGACGGCCAGAAUGGCCCCAUGCUUCAAGCAAGAUCGUCCUGCUGAAACGGAGUCUGAACUGGAUGAUGUCCUGGUCGGAUUCCGGAUGCCAUAUGAUGUCCCCUUGAUACCGUAUGGACCCCGGGACGAGCCAUGGUGUGCGACAGCAAGUCAUCCGGAACCUGACUGGUUAGGGCAGACAUGGGAGGGCUAG